AAUGCUAUUACAUAUGUAUUGCGCUAUUAAAAUGCUGAAGUGUGUGCUAUUAGGCAAUAAGGCUGUUGUUGUCAUUAACUCGAAAACUAAAGCUGCAAAUCUAACUGUGCUGUGUAAAUGGUAGAAAGUUCAUUUGUUUGGGUUUUUGAGUGCGAGCGAAAUGCAAAAUUAAUCAGCAAAAGUGAAAUCGGUGUCGGCUGCUAAUCAAUGGAAAGGUGUACUAUAUACGAGUGCUUUGGAUACAUAUAUUUUUUGCCGUUAUUAAGUGCCUGUUUUUGGGCUUACGUUCUUGCUGCUGGUUCGGCCCGCAUUCUUUGACAUUUUAGAAGGAACCAAUGCUGUUUAAAGUGCUUUAUUGUAUUGCCAAUUAAUAGGAGCUAAUGCCGAACGCCACGAAAAUUUAAUCAAUCGUAAUGCAGCUCAGUUGUGACAUUUUUUCCUGUUUCCUUGGCAACCAAUUCCUUGUACAUAGCAACAACAAAUGGGCCAGAAAUAACACAAUCAGCUGAUCCGCCAGUGCUGCAAAGGGCUGGCAUGUUUAAAUGCAACUGACAAAAGGCUUAACGCCCCCUCAUCUUUGAUUGACUUACACUUUCCAUCGUCGGGCGGCUGCACAGCCACGCACAUUGAUACUGAUAAGAACGAGGCAAACAGCGCCACCAAAAUAAAUACGACAGAUCCUCACGAACGUCGAACGGCGAACGACGUAAGAAGACGUGCGAAAAUUAUGAUCUUAUCGGGGUAGGAACACCUUCUCACCCGGAAUAACCAGAGGAUUGCAUGGAGACAUCUGAACUGUGAUACACUAGCCAUAAUUUACAGACUGGACAAUGGUGCGAUUGAACAGGCGCCUGCUGCCCAUCAAGGCACAUUUCUUCUUUUUCAUGGCAGCCAUGGGACCUAUUCUGCCCCAACUAGCCGUGAUUGGCAAGCAGAUCGGUGUUCCACCGGAUGUUAUGGGCUACAUAAUGGCCUUCUUACCCUUACUAUAUGUUUUAGCCAAACCCUUAGUGGGUUUCCUGGCCGACUAUUUCACGAGCCUGCGGAAGUUCAUCUUCAUCAUCCUUAUCCUCAUUAUGACACUGGCCUUUGCCGGCUUCUAUUUCCUGCCUGACAACUCCCACUUCAUCCCAUUGGAGGAAGGAAGUGCCCAAUGGAAUGUGACAUUAUUAGGGAAUACACCCGAUUGCAAUCCCAGUAUCCAAUCCUCCGACGCACUCUGCCAAACCACUCACCAGGCAAAAUGCAUUCAGGAAAAGGAAGGAGACGUAUUCUCCGCUCUAAUUGUAGCCAACGAGGCGGGCCUCAAUCUUAGCCAGAAUCUGCUUCAUGGCAACGAGAGUCAUCACAUCUGCCUCACCCAACAACCAACAACCUUUGAUUGGAACAAUGCAUCCUGCGAGGUGCGCCAUGUAAAUAGCUGCAUCUAUGGAUCUGGCAAGUUCUGGCUUUUCGUAUGCCUGCUCUGCAUUGGAAUCGUUGGCUUCAACGUGACCAACUCCAUAUCCGAUGCCUGCUGCUUUGACCUUCUGGGCGAAGAGGAGGAGGGAAAGUACGGAGCACAACGGGUGUGGGGCACCAUUGGUUUUGGAGGCACGGCCAUGCUAGCUGGAAUCGUGGUCAACUGGUGGACCACGGAUGCGGUCAAAAGUCUGACGCCUGCAUUGAUCAUCAUGUGCGUGUUCAGUUUGCUCGAUCUGUUCAGUGUGUCCAAGCUGAAGCUGCCGAAACUGGGUGGAUCCGAGUCCAUCUGGAGCGAUGUUUGGCAACUGGUACGCCAGCCACCCAUUCUGGUCUUUCUGUUCUUCGCCACGAUGGCUGGCAUCAUUGACUCCUUCAUCAUAUACUUCAUGUUCUGGCACUUGGAGCAGGUGGCUGAAGCCACUGGUUACAUGCACCAGAUCAAGUUGAUCGAAGGUCUAGUGGUGGCCGCCGAGUGUCUAGCCGGCGAGGUGCCCUUCUUCUUCUACAGCGGAAAGAUCAUCAAGAAACUGGGCUAUGUUCAUUGCAUGAGCAUGUGCUUUUUCUUCUACGCUGUGCGACUGUCGCUGAUUGCCUGGAUUCCCAAUCCCUGGUAUCUGGUGGGCGUGGAGCUCUUUUUCCAGGGCAUUACCUAUGCCUUGUGCUACACCUGCAUUGUGGCGUACGCAUCGGCGGUGGCUCCUCCGGGUACAUCGGCAACUGUUCAAGGAUUGAUGGCCGGCAUGGACGAUGGGCUUGGAUUUUCCAUCGGAUCUCUAAUCGGUGGACUCAUGUUCAACAGCCUGGGAGGACGAGAGAGUUUCAAAUACUUUGCCAUCGCCGCCAUUUGCACAUGCGUAGCACACAUCGUGAUACGUCCCACCUCCAGGAAGAAGCAAUUCCUGCCGAAACAGGGAUACGUUGCGCCCACGGAACAGGAGAUCAAGCUGCCCCCGGCUCAGGAAAUGGAGGAGAUUCGUUUGGGAUAAAUAUAGUAGUAUCACAUGCCAUUUUUGUUGCAUAUUUUUGUACGCAUUUUUUACGUAAAAAAAAGACAAGUUGUCCAAAAGUUGAA